AUGGGCCUCCACACCCUCCACGACCUCGACAACACAGAAGGCACCGUCCGCCUCCACCAUGGCACCGACCCGGCCCUCCUCCUCCACCCCCGGCCUUCUCCCAACGACCCCAACGACCCCCUCCGCUGGCCCCGCUGGAAGAAACACACAGCCUUUCUAUCCGUCUGCGCCUUCACCUUCCUGGCCAACUAUGGCAUCGGCGGCCUGGCGCCAGCCUUCUACCUGCUCUCGCAGGAAUUCGACAAAACCGCCACCGAGACCAGCGCGCUGCUGCUCUGGCCGAUCCUAGUCAUGGGCGUGUUCAACUUCCUGUGGGUGCCGCUGGCGAAUUACUUUGGCAAGCGGCCCGUGUUUGUGUUAUGCAGCGGCCUGCUGUGCGGGUGUAUGGUCUGGGGCGCGGCGGCGACGUCGUUUGAAUCGCUGUUGUGGUCGAAUAUCGUGGGUGGCUUCGCGGCCUCGUCGACUGAGGCGCUGGGGGCUAGCAUGGUGAAUGACCUAUACUUUCUGCACGAGAGGGGAGCCAAGAUGGGGGUGUACAUGAACUCGAUUACCGGCGGGAAUACCCUGGGACCGUUGGUGUGUGGGUUUGUCAUCACCGGGUUGAGUUGGCGGUGGCACAAGUGGAUUGCCGUGAUGCUGACCGCGGUCAAUUUCAUUACCGUGUUGUUGUUCGUGCCGGAGACGAGGUAUUACCGGGAUGAACUGGGCGGAAUGGGCGCGCAGAAACGCAAGGACGCAAACUGGGUCUCGUCGAGCGAAAAUACGGACGGGAACGCAACGGAGGGCAACCCGGGGACGGGCGGCGACACAGAUGGCGAACUCCUCAACGCGCAAACGGCAGUGCCCAAGAAGUCGUGGGCCCAGGAGCUGAGCCUCUGGUCUGGAGUUGCACCAGAUACGAACUUGGUCAAGAUGUUCGUACGGCCACUCCCCAUGUUUGUAUACCCAUGCGUCAUCUACGCAUUCCUGGGGUAUGCGGUUUCGCUCGUCCUGACGGUAGCGGUCAACAUCCUGAAUAGCUUCGUGCUCCAGGCCCCGCCAUACAACUGGUCGCCCAUGAUUAACGGCCUCAUCAACAUUGCGGGGUUUCUCGGCAACGUGGUGGGUGGUUAUGCCGGGGGGUGGCUGGUAGACGUGUUUUGCGACUGGAGGGCAAGACGCAACAACGGAGUCUUUGAGCCGGAGAAUCGUUUACACCUCUGCAUCGUACCACUGCUGAUCACCGCGGCGGGGUGUGUCACCUUCGGUUAUGGUGUAGAGAAGGCGCUUCACUGGACCAGUCUCUUUUUUGGGUAUGGCAUGAUCUCGGUUGCGCUCACGGCAAUACCCACGAUCACGAUGGCGUAUGUAUCUGACUGCGUACUACCCGUCAACUCGGACGCGCUAAUGCUCGUUAAUGGGUACAAAAACAUCGCCGCGUUCGCCUUUCUUUACGGCAUUGUUCCAUGGGUUGAGGAGGUCGGCUAUGUCAAUUGCUUCGGGACCCAAGCCGGGAUAUUUGUGGCGGUUAUUGGCUUGGGAAUGGUAGUGCUAAUUCCGUUAGGUGAGAAGAUCAGACACGCCCAGGCGGGCUGGCGUAUUAUUCUGUGA